CCGAGAAGAAGAGUGUCAGUGUAAAGAUGGCGGCUCAGGCUGAGCUCUGCUGUCUGGAGGGUUUCCCCUCUCACAUCAGUCCUCUGGAUGUUCUGAUCCUGAGGUCUCACCUGGAUCUAGUCCUCCAGAGAGACACCGACCCCCAGACCGUCCUCUUCACCCCCCAGACCGUCCUCUUCACCCCGCACCGUCCCCCCGGCUCCAGGAGGACGGACCUUCUGCUGCGGGUCCACCAGACCACCGAGGAGGAGACUCUGGGCUGCAGCCCCCCACAGACCGAGUCCGGGACCCGGGUCCUGCUGUUCACCAGCCCCCUCUUCCUGGAACACCACAGCCUCCAGCGGUCCGGCAGCACCGGGACGGUCCGGGCUCUGGAGCCGGUCUGCCUGGACCGGGUGGUCCUGGGAGCCCGGAGCAGGCAGACCUACAGCUGGGCCAAGUCCGAGAGGUUCACCAGGGGGCUGCUGGACCUCUGCGGACCGGGACAGGGACUGCUGGCCCGGAGAGGAGACCCUCUACCCGGGGGGACCCUGCUGAGGGGACAGGACCCGGGACAGGAUCUGAUGGACCUGCUGGUCCUGGACUGCAGUCCUGUCACUCAGGGGCGGAUCACAGCUGACACCUCUCUGGUUGUUACAUACUGCUUGGACUCGGUGGACCCCCCAGGCCCCGCCCCCUCCUGCAGACCGCCCACCCUGUUCGUGUCGGACUUUGCUCAGUGCGCUGACAGCCUCAGCGGGGGGAGCUCUCUGCUGGACAACAGGAAGCUGUCAGGGUCUGGGUUCACAGGUCUCCUACAGGCGCUGGAGUGCAGCCUGGACGUGCGGGUGGUGGACGCCCGGCGAUGGUCUGGGGUCAGAGGUCAUGAGGGCGGGGCCGUGGACGUGGACCGCUGUGUGUUUGUGAGUAAGCAGCUUCUCCUCAGGUUUGGGAUCUUUAACGGGGCGUGGGUGAAGCUGUCCAGGCCAGGCGGGGCUCCCAGGCCGCCACCGGGUCAGACUGAGGUCAGCGGGGGCGGGGCCAGAGAGCGGCUGGUGUCCAUGCUGGUGGUGGAUCUGACACAGAGUCCAGACCUGCAGGAAGUGGGCUUCAUAUCAGAGACUCUGUGGUUCAACAUGACGGACGGAGACCAGAUCCCCGAGACCGGCUGCUCGCUGAGGAUGAAGAACGUGGAUCAGGGACGCUGCACAGGUUCAGGAUCCAAACAAAGACUCUUUAAGACCCAGAGGGAGAAACAUUAA